AUGGAGUCCACCAGAGGCAGCUGUCGCGUCGUCCGCGCCAUCCAGUCUGUAAUCUCUCUCCGAGGGCAACGGAUCGGAGAAUUUCGCCCGGCCUGGGGUAUCCGCUGCCUGGAUUGCCUGGAGGGGGCGACCGGGGCAGGCGCGGCGCUGGCGCUGAGGGCGCUGAUCGCAGGCGCCUACCUGGCCCUGUGUGCUGUAGGGCUGGUGGGCAACGUGCUAGUGUUGGUCCUGGUGCGCUCCCAGCAGCGGCGGCGCCCCUCACUGUUGAAUUGCUUCCUCCUCAACCUGGCAGCCACCGACCUGCAGUUCGUGCUGACUUUGCCCUUUUGGGCCGCGGACACGGUGCGUGACAUCAGCUGA